UGUUGCUACCCAUUGGUUGUCUAAGUCAGUUUAUUCAACUUUGUUUUAUGUAAAUUACUGGUGUCGCCAGAAUAUAUAAUGAUUCUUGCAUAUUUCUAAAAUUCACACACUGGUAACAAGGGCACUGAAGUUGCAAUUGCGGUUUAUUUGAGAUGGCAACUGAUGUUAAAGUGAUAAAAACAUCUCGAAAACCUCCAACGUGUGCCGUUUGUCGCAACCAUGGGCUGAAAAUUCCAGUGAGAGGCCACAAGGCUUAUUGCCAGUAUAUCAACUGCCAUUGCAAAAACUGCAGUAUUAUUAUCGACUCACGGCGGGCAAGUUGCCAGAAAAUAAAAUUAAGACGACGACAAGCUCUAGAGGAAGAGAGAAAAACAGAUGAGAAGCAGAUGGCUGUUACUCCGAAGAAGGACACACCCGAGAUGAAACCCGUACCUGAGAACCAGACCAUACAGCAGUACCAUCCAAACCAUCCCACCAUGUUCACGCCUGCUCCCACGUACUACCAGCCGCCAUUUCAGAGUUUUGACUACCUCGGCUACAAUCCACAACUUCAGAAUUAUGUGCAGAACAGUCAGCGAUUCCUCUACAAACGGACAAUGGAUGAUCAGACAUUCAUCCCACCACUGAUUGACUUCAGCUAUAACAAUCCAUUGGUCGAUCACAAUGAAGCAACAGCAAAAAUGGAUGACUAGUUGCAAGAAUUGCCGACUGUUUUCUUCAUGGUUGAAAUAUUUUAUGCCAGUAUUACUUUGUUUAUCAUACUAUGUUCAGUUUUAAAAACAUUUUACUUUUAUUGUUAUAUUUUAUAUUUUUGUUUUCUAGUCCUAGGAAUGUAGUUUGUUUGAUACUAUUUUGAAUAUAUUAUAUUGCCAGUUCAUUUGUAUUAUCGGGAAUGAUAUUUUUGACAUUCACUAUAGAAUAGAUUAUAUUAAAAAAAAUUUUUUUAGACAAAUAAAAUCAUGUUUAUUAUUAUUAAUUAGCAUCCGUUGUACUUGCUCAUUUUCAGUUUUAGUGAAAUAAUGUUUUACUUUUACCGAUUCUGAAUAGGAUUCAUUUUGUUCUUGGGAUUUUUAAAAGUUGUUUUCUUCUUUGUUUUUAGUUGGGGGGUUUUCAGAUAUAUUUACAAACAUCUUGGAUGAAGGCCAAUUUGUAAAAUAGUUUAAUUGCUUAUUUGGUAUAGAUUUUAUUAAAGUGUUUUCUUUUAUUUUACUAGUUCAAGGAAUGAACAUAUUAAGUUUUUAACAGUUGCAUAAUUAAUUAUUAGUAGCCUAGAUUCAUGUAGUGUUCUUCAUAAUGAAAAAACCCUUCAAUUCUUUGCCUGAAGAAAUCAGUCUUCAUUUUUCUUCUGGCAAAACAUCUUAAUGACAAUUGCUCAUUCUUUGUAAACAGUAAUCUCCCUUCGUCAAUCAUGUUAAAAACUGUUUGUGCAAUUUGUUUGCAACUUCACAUGAAUCAAAAUUCUGAAAGCAUCGUCUCCUUUCGACAUAUUUGUAAGUUAAAAAAACUUGCCAGCAGUUAAAAUAAUUUGUUAUGUGAUUUUUCAUCAUUGUUGGGUUUUUAAAAAACAUUUUAAUGAACAUGAAUGAAAUUACUUUAUUUUCAUGUUUAAAAUAUGAUUUGUAU